AUGCCUCCCAAAGUUCCAAACGUAAGACUAAACAAUGGUGUGCAAAUGCCUAUACUCGGUUUAGGAACAUAUGCGCGGAAAUGGGAAACUGGUGAUUUUCGGAAAGCUGUUGAAUGUGGCAUUGAUGUUGGGUAUCAUCAUAUAGACACAGCUUCUAUGUACAAAAAUGAGGAAGAAGUGGGCGAAGGAAUAAUUAAUAAGAUAAAAGAAGGGAUAGUCACACGUAAUGACCUAUUUGUUACAACAAAGUUGUGGAACAAUCGCCAUGCAGAGAAAGACAUAGUGCUGACACUUAAGGAGUCCCUUGCCAAACUGAAGCUUGAUUAUGUAGACCUAUAUCUAGUACAUUGGCCUGUUUCAAUAAAUGAUGAAGGAGAAGACCAAGCAAUAGAUUACAUAGAAACUUGGCGUGGUAUGGAGCAAGCUUUACAGCUUGGUCUCACCAAAUCUAUUGGUGUAUCCAACUUUAAUGAGGAACAGCUUGAAAGGUUGUUAGCAACUGCUAAAGUGAAGCCAGUUGUUAAUCAAAUAGAGAUAAAUCCAUCCCUGACGCAACAAAAGUUAGUGGAUUACUGUAAGUCAGUGGAUGUGCAACCAGUUGCUUACACACCUUUGGGCCUGCUGUCAGAUGCUAGACCUGAAUUUGCUCACCUGGAUAAAAUAAAUACAGAUCCUCGGUUUGGUGCUCUGGCUGAAAAAUACGGAAAAACUAAAGCGCAAAUAGCACUACGAUAUCUAGUUCAAAGAGGAAUUGUCGUUAUACCAAAAUCCUUCACAAAGUCACGCAUGGAAGAAAACCUGAAAAUUUUCGACUUUGAACUAAGUGCUGCUGAAAUGGCUUUAGUAGAUAGCUUCAAUUUGAAUCAUCGAUGUGUUCCUGCUACUGCAUUUGCCAAACAUAAAUAUUAUCCCUUUUAA